CUUUCAUGGAUUCUUAUUAGUUGAGAAACAAUCAGACCAUCUUUCUUUCUUUCUUUCUUCCUACCUUUGUGGUAUGAUAUAUCACUGAUAAAACACGAUAAAAAGUCAAUUUCAUUCGUUCCUCGAUCAGGAUCGGCACCGUCUGUCAAGAUUUCCAAUCCGAAUUUCCGGGAUUAUUUAUGAGUCUCUAAUUCUCGUUUUCUUGUUUUAUUUCCGUCUCUCGCCCUUGAAAUCAACAACUGGAUGCUUUAUGAUGACAACCCACGAAAACAAACUUCAGCCGUUGCUGGUCACUAUUUUGGCCAGUGCAAUAAGCUCUGUUGGCUACGGAGUGAGUGUCUUCGCCAUUGGAAUCACUUGGCUUCUCCCUUCUGUCAAGCCCGCGGCACCGAUCCUAGUAAUGCCUAAAAGCAAGCCCAGGCAUCAUCGGAGGCGUUCCGCGCCUCCAGUUUUGCAAACCGACCUUUCAAGACCACCCUUGCCAUCUCUUAUAAGCAAUAACUCACAGCCUUCCACCGACAGCCCACGAACCCCUUUAACCCGACGUGUAUACUUUGAGGAUUCCGCGGCGCAGCAAACCCCUCCUAAUCGCUCCUCGCGGAGAUAUACAGCGCCGCCAGAACAGUGGCAUAAAAAUAUCGAGCCAUCGCACGGGUCAAUUGGCACAACAAGUAACGUUCCUCUGGAUUCUUCACCUCGUUCAUCUUCGUCGACUCUAGUUCACGAACCUUUGCCCCCAACACCACCAUCACCUCCAAGUACUUCCGUCCACAUUUUGGAUGCCAAUUCCAAGUCUGAAUCUACAGAGUCAGAUACUUCGAGACCUGGCUCCUCAUCUUCAUCUCGACCUUCGUUAUCAAUUUCCCCACGUUUCCCUACCAAAAUCUGGAGUCGAAGACCGGCUGGUAGAAAGUCACUCGCCAAUCAUGCUACCGAUUCCGGAGGCGAAGCCACUCAUUCAGAUGAACCGUCUUGCUCCGCAAGGCCUUCCACUCCGGCUAGUAGACACAAGCGAAAGGCCGCGAGCCUCGGUUUCUCAUGGCCAAUAUCCAAAAAUAAGGCCUUACCUGAUACUGCUACGACCCCUUCCUCAUCCCCCAAGACACCCAUUGAUGUGCCCCCGAAGCAAGAUUGUCCUUGUACGCCCUCCUCGAUAACAUCUUUCGUCCGUUCGUCCAAACAGCAACGGCAAGCCUCUACUCCUGUUCGGGCUCGCACACAGCCAUAUGCAUACCCCUAUUUCGCCUUACCUCCUACGGUAGCUGGAGGACAACCUACUACAGCCAUGAGCUCAGCGGCUGUCUCUAACAACAACACAUCGUUCGGGCCUGAAGGUGCUUCGAACGUCGGAGAGGCAGAGUCAACAACCACUGCACUUCGACGGCAACAGAACAUUGUAGCCCAGGAAUCGCUAGGAAUUGGGCGAAGGAAAAUAUCGCAAAGGCGCGCUCCUUCUAUCCAUCCUGAGUUCAAGUUUGGUGACUGAUUUAUCUCCCAUGUUUCCAGAUGGCCAUGAUGAAUCGCAACGAAUAAUUUAUGAGUAAACAUUGUAUUUACUGGGAUAAUCGUCUUAUUAAUUGGAUAACUGCAUUCGGGUAGAACCUGAGUCCAUGAAGGAACUGGAGCAAGGUGAAGGAUAUCACCUGUUU